UACAUGCGGCGCAUACACAGUUGUUUUUCCUGCAGCAUGGCUUCAGUGUAAGCUGAAAGAUGCAUAUGACGUGCUCGCAUGCCACAGGUGCACUGUAUUAGAUUGCAGAAAAGUGCAGCCCAUUUGGUAUAACUACACAUCCAAGCCUGUUUCCAGAGGGGAAGUGUAAGACUGAACUGUGUUAUAAUCUGGAAUUCCUUUGUUAAGUGCCAGAAAUGUAGGUUUCAUUUGGAAGACAGAUAAAUACUGGGAUUAGAAUAAAUGAAUUGCAGCUGCCGUGGAUCAUAUCCUGGGAGAAAUAAAAUGAAAAACAGUAAGCAAUGGUGUGAAUGCUGCAAACCAUCUUACAGGAAGGUGCUUCUAGUAUAUUUGCAUUGACUCCAUCAACAUGUCUGUCUGCGAGGAUAUGCUCCUUUGCAAUUACCGCAAGUGUCGAGUCAAGCUUGCAGGCUAUGCGUGGGUUACAGCCUGCUCGCAUAUUUUCUGUGACCAGCAUGGAAGUGGGGAGUUCAGCCGUUCGCCAGCAGUCUGCCCUGCUUGCUCUAGUGCCCUUUCUGGCAAAUUGGACAUUGUUCGGACAGAACUCAGUCCCUCAGAGGAGUAUAAGGCCAUGGUUCUAGCUGGAUUGCGCCCAGAGAUUAUUCUAGACAUCACUUCCAGGGCUCUGGCUUUUUGGACAUACCAGGUUCAUCAGGAGCGUUUGUACCAAGAAUACACCUACAGCAAAGCAGAAGGCCACCUGAAACAGAUGGAGAAGGUCUAUACCCAGCAACUCCAAAGUAAAGAUAUUGAGCUAACAUCCAUGAAGAGUGAAGUUUCCUCCUUGAAGAAAGUCCUGGAAGAAUACAAAAAGAAGUUCACAGAGCUCUCAGAGAAACUCAUGGAGCGCAACCGUCAGUACCAGAAGCUCCAGGGCUUGUAUGACAGCCUGCGCCUGCGUAAUAUUGCUGUAGCCAGCCAAGAGGCCGCCCAAGAACCUCCCAUGAUGCCUCAGCCUGCUGUCUUUGGUUUCCCUUUGGGUAAUGCAGCCAGGCUCUCUGGGGACACAACGCCCACAGGUAUUCAUGGCCGGCAUGGUGAAGGAGACUUCAAUUUCAAACCUUUCUUUGCCUCUUCUCCACCAAUGGCAGAGUCUGCAAACAGCUUCUUUUCCUUUGUCUCUCCCGGAAAUGAUCUGGAACAGCACCCAGGAGGAAACAAGGCCUAUAAAAUUAAGAGAAUGUAA